AUGUCAAGAAAGAACAAAUGGCCACUUGAUCGAGUGACACUAAAUGUGGAUGUGACGCGGAAGACAAGGGAGGAGCUGACAGGACCUCCAAGGGACGGUGCGUUCGUGCACAGCUUCUUUGUGGAAGGCGCACAGUGGGACACGCAGACUGGUCUGCUGGUAAAGGCAAAGCCCAAGGAGUUGGUUGCUACUCUACCCAUGGUCUUCGUCAAGGCCCUUCCCGUUGACAAGCAGAACACACGAGGCACCUACGCCUGUCCCGUAUAUAAGACGAAGAGCCAUGGUCCCAUCUCGGAAAUUCCACUGGAUCUGGAGUUUCAUCCAGUGGGGAAGUAUGUUGAAGGACGGAGGAAUGUGGUGGUCAUCGCGAAUGUCUACAGUGAAGAAAUCGAAGGCGGUGGGGGAGUGAAUUUGCGCACAGCCUCACAGACCAUGGAAUCGGACUGGGACGAGGUCGAGUCGCGUGCUUCUACAAUUACACCGAAGGAGGCUGCUUCGGUGGCCCAAGCAAACAAGCCCUGCAGCACCGACCUUGAGAGAAUGAAGAGAGCGCUCGUGGGCUACACUGAGGCUCUGCGACAGGAAGCCUGUCACAUUGCAAGUGCAUGCGAGGCCCCCUUCGGAUCAGUCGAUGUGGAACGCCAGAUGGAGCGUUUCGCAAAGCGCCUGGACAAACUAGAUGGGCAAGUGGAGACCCAUUUGUGCAGAAUUAAACACCACUCGACGGCCAAUACUGGCUCAGCAGUAAUGCACAAAUAA